CUUGGGCCUUUGGUGCUAGUUUCUUAAUUUUGCCCAGUAUUACCCCCAACUACUUCCAGCCGAAAUAAUACGUCCUUCACGCCGGCACGAUUCCUACGCCGAGUUAGAGAUAGUAAGAUGGUUUUGAGCAGAGUUGGUCUAGGCUUCUUGGGCCUUUUCUUUACGGCCGGAGCCCUUCUGUUGAUGUUCCUCGCUUUUCUCGGAGGAGCAAGGAACUCGAACCCUCUGGACAGGAUUUACUGGCUUGAAGCUGCCACGGGCAACAUCCCCGGCGCGCCGGCCUUGUCCCGAUGGACAUACUGGAAUCUGUGCGCGGUGAACAGCAAGGGACACAAUGAGUGCGGACCGUCGUAUCCUGACUACCCCUUUGAUCCCCCAAGCCACCGGACCUUUGAUACCCAUGUCAACAUCCCUUCAGCUUUCAUUGGGACCCGUCAUUAUUUCUUGACCUCCCGCUUCAUGUUCCCAUUCCACAUCAUCGCCUUGUUCUUCGCUACCUGCUCGCUCUUCACGGGGUUCCUUGCCAUGUGCACCCGCAUUGGAAAUUGGGUCUCGGCAUUCUCAGCGUACUUUGCGCUGACUUUCCAGGCCAUCACCACUUGCCUAAUGACCGCUGUCUACGUCCAGGGCCGCAAUAGAUUCAACGACAACGGCCAAUCGUCUCAUCUCGGUGUUAAGGCUUUCGCCUUCAUGUGGACUUCCGUCGCUCUCCUCUUCCUCUCCUGCGUGAUCUAUUGCAUGGGAGGCGCCGUCGGCCGAAAGGACGGCGGAUAUAGCGGACGGGAACAGAGACGGCGUGGUUUCUUCAAUUCGCGCCGAGCGGGAAGCUUGAGAAGCAACAAGGAAACCGCACCGUAAAUCUUGUUCGUCUCUUUGCCAGGGACGAGCCAGUGUCGGCGUGGCCUAGCUCUUAGGAUCACGUCCAUUUUCCUGAGUUCAAGGCUGUUGUUGCACGGAAACUCCAGUAUAACGGAUAUAGGAUUCUUGCGUUAGCGCUCACCAAGAAUUCCUGAACACUGUCUUG